UAUCGAGCUAGGUUUUCCCUCUCGUUUCCUUCUUCGCCGCCGCUCCUGCUCCCCUGAACCCUCGUUCUCGCUCCGCCGCCAUGUCUGGAAGAAAGAAGACUAGGGAGCCGAAGGAGGAGAAUGUGACGCUCGGACCAACUGUUCGCGAUGGCGAGCAUGUAUUUGGCGUCGCUCACAUCUUUGCUUCAUUCAAUGACACUUUCAUUCAUGUUACCGAUCUGUCUGGCAGAGAAACUCUUGUUCGCAUUACCGGUGGAAUGAAGGUUAAAGCUGACAGGGAUGAGUCAUCUCCGUAUGCGGCUAUGCUUGCAGCACAGGAUGUUGCUCAAAGAUGCAAGGAGUUGGGGAUCACUGCUCUGCACAUUAAACUCCGUGCCACUGGUGGGAACAAAACAAAGACACCUGGUCCUGGAGCUCAAUCAGCUCUACGUGCUCUUGCCCGUUCUGGAAUGAAAAUUGGCCGAAUUGAGGAUGUGACACCAAUUCCCACUGAUAGCACUCGUAGAAAGGGUGGGAGAAGAGGAAGGAGGCUUUAAAUUCACUUCAACAUGCAUUGCUUGCUCCAAUUGCCUUUUUUUUUUUAUUGGGAACUUUGAUGUUAGCUGAAGAUUUUGUUGUUGGGAUUUUAUUUUCUCUGAGAGGUUUUGAAUUGGUCUUAUGUUCUUCCUUAUUAUUAAUUAUCCACCAUGUUAUAUGCUUUAUUAAAAAAAAAAAUCCUGAGAAUUGUUUUUUUAA